AAGGAGAGCGCAGUGCCACCAGGGGGCGCUCAGUGCGGCAGAGAAGCAGGUGAUGGCUCAGUGAUCAUGUGCUGCUGUGUGAUGGGGUCUGCUCUGUAGAAAGGGCUUACUCCCACCUCACCAGGACACCACUCAUAGGAUAUCUACACGUACUGUAUCAGAUCCCGGGGGGCUCUGUGCUCUGCUGCAUAUGAGGACAAUGCUGAAAUCAUUCACAGGAAGCAGCGCUGCCUAUGAGCGGAUCUCAGUCAGUGGGAAGAAUGACAAUCCUGAGAACAGAAUGUCCUUCCUCAGUAGGGUGACGUAUUCGUGGUACAGCAGAAUUAUAACACUUGGUUACAGGAAACCUUUGGAAAGAGAAGACCUCAUUGAGCUGAAUUAUGCUGAUUCUUCAUACAGUGUUUACCCAGCAUUUGAAAAAAACUGGAGAAAUGAAACCUUGCAGCAUGGCAGAAAGGAUUCCGCUUCCAAGAGAGUAUCAUUGCUGCGGGCAUUAUGGAACACAUUCAAAUACUCACUUAUUCAAGUGGCCUUCAUGAAGGUAGUCGCUGAUGUUCUGGCAUUUACAAGCCCUCAGAUAUUAAAACAAAUGAUCGCUUUCUGCGAAAACCGCCCAGAAGGGUCCUGGUCUGGCUACAUGUUUGCCCUUGGUCUGCUUGUGGUCACUAUCUUGCAGACAUUAAUCCUACAACUCUAUCAACGUUUCAACAUGCUGACCGCUAUGAAAAUCAAAACUUCCAUCAUAGGAACCAUAUACAAAAAGUCAUUGAAUUUGGCAAACUCUACUCGGAGGAAGUUUACAACGGGUGAGUUGGUGAACUUGAUGUCGUCAGAUGCACAGCAACUCAUGGAACUGAUAGUGAACCUCAACCUGCUGUGGUCAGCCCCGUUCCAGAUCCUGAUGGCGAUCGUAUUUCUGUGGCAGGAGCUUGGUGCAUCGGUGCUGGCUGGUGUGGCCGUGCUGGUUUUGAUUAUACCUUUAAAUGCAUAUAUUGCUGCCAAAGUCAAACAACUGAAGAAAAGCCAUUUGAAGAGUAAAGACCAUCGCAUCAAAUUACUGAAUGAGAUUUUACACGGAAUAAAGAUCCUAAAACUGUAUGCGUGGGAGCCUUCUUAUCAAAGGAAAGUGGUUGAUAUUCGGGAAAGUGAAAUGGACGUUCUAAAAUCCUCAGGUUACUUGACCACAUUCUCAAUGCUGACAUUAACCUGUAUUCCUUUCUUGGUUUCCAUAGCAACGUUUGGAGUAUAUUUCUUAGUUGAUGAAGCUAAUAUUUUGACGGCAUCCAAAGUUUUUACAACAAUAUCUCUGUUUAAUAUACUGCGUCUUCCACUGUUUGAUUUGCCCACGGUGAUCUCGUCAGUGGUUCAGACUAGAGUUUCUCUCACACGACUGGAAAAUUUCCUUCAUGGCGAGGAACUUAAACCUGAAAACGUUGAAACUAACUACAAAGGAAGUCAUGCUGUGGGAUUCCAAGGUGCAUCUUUCCAAUGGGAAAAAAACGGUCCCUCCAUUUUAAAAGAUAUUCACAUUAAGGUUCCUGAAGGCUCGUUAGUAGCAGUCGUUGGACAAGUUGGGUCUGGAAAAUCUUCGUUACUUUCUGCUAUCCUCGGAGAGAUGAAUAAACUGGAGGGAACAGUUCAGAGAAAAGGUUCCGUGGCCUAUGUGUCCCAGCAGGCGUGGAUUCAGAACGCAUUAUUCCAGGAGAACAUCACGUUCGGACAAUCUAUGAAUAGGCAGUUUUAUGAGAGCGUGCUGGAUUCUUGUGCGCUGCUGCCUGAUCUGGAGCUCUUACCGUAUGGAGACCAGACAGAAAUCGGCGAGCGGGGCGUGAACUUAAGCGGAGGUCAGAAGCAGCGUGUGAGCCUGGCGCGGGCUGUAUAUAACAACGCAGAUAUCUACCUCCUCGAUGACCCCUUGUCUGCAGUUGAUGUGCAUGUUGGAAAACAUUUGUUUGAUAAGGUCAUUGGACAAAAUGGACUAUUGAAAAAUAAGACAAGAAUUUUGGUGACGCACAGCCUCACAGUCCUUCCCCUGGUAGACCUCAUUAUCGUCAUGGAAGAUGGGAGAAUAGCCCAAACUGGGACUUAUGGGGAACUGUUAUCUAAAAGACAAGACCUUACUGAUAUCAUCCAGUCUCCGGGAGCGGAGAAGCACAAUCACGAUGAAAUGAAAUUUAACCGACAGACAGAAACUUUGAAAAGACAGCCAGAAGUUGUGGCUCAAAGGGACAGGGCGAUGUUCAAUAUCUCAAAGGCCCCACGGAUAAAUAAAGAAAAAGUUGCCACUGGAAGCAUGAAAAUGUCAAUUGUUAUGAAGUACCUACGCGCUUUUGGAUGGUUCUGGGUCUGCUUUACUGUCAUAGCAUAUGUUGGACAAAAUGCAAUGGCCAUAGGACAAAACUUGUGGCUUAGCAGAUGGACAACAGAGACCAAGCAAAUUAAAGACACAUCGGAAUGGGCAGAUCUCAGGAACAAUAGACUCGGAAUCUAUGGACUUCUGGGAUGUGUGCAAGGUUUCUUUGUCUGCUACGGUGCCUAUGUGAUCACCAGAGGAACAAUCUGUGCCUCCCGCACUUUGCACAACCAGAUGCUGGACAAUGUCCUGCACCUCCCGAUACAGUUUUUCGAGACUACACCAAUGGGCCAAUUACUGAACCGGUUUACUAAGGAUAUAUAUGUUAUAGAUGAGCGCUUCCAUUACUAUUUACGUACGUGGUUAAACUGCUUGCUGGAUGUCCUGGGGACCAUUCUAGUUAUUGUGUUCGCAACACCCAUAUUCAUUGUAGCUAUUGUUCCGCUUGGAUUUCUGUACCUGUUGAUCCAGAGAUAUUACAUCGCUAGCUCACGGCAAAUCCGGAGACUUGAUGGGGCGUCACGUUCUCCAGUCAUCUCUCACUUCAGUGAAACCUUGUCGGGAGCAUCUACCAUAAGAGCCUAUGGACAUCAGGAGAGAUUCAUUGACCAGAAUAAGGAUGUGGUCAAUGAGAACCUAGUUUGUUACUACAACAAUGUCAUCUCCAACAGGUGGCUAGCGGUGAGACUAGAGUUUUUAGGAAACCUGAUGGUUUUCUUUGCUGCUUUAUUUGCUGUCCAAGCUGGCGAGAAAAUGACAUCGGGCACAGUGGGAUUGUCCAUAACGUACGCACUAAAUAUCACACAAACGCUGAAUUUUUGGGUGCGUAAAGCGUGUGAGAUAGAAACAAAUGGCGUGGCAAUUGAACGGGUUUGUGAAUAUGAAGAGAUGGAAAAAGAGGCGCCAUGGAUCACUACCAGAAGACCGCCGGCCGAGUGGCCAGACAGGGGGGUGAUUGAGUUCAUAAACUACAAGGCUAGGUAUCGGGAAGACCAUGACCUGGCUCUCCGGGAUGUCUCCUUCCAGCUGAAUGAGACAGAGAAGCUUGGGAUUGUUGGAAGAACCGGAGCUGGGAAAUCCACACUCACCAAUUGCUUGUUCCGUAUUCUCGAGAGAGCUGGAGGGAAGAUUGUGGUGGAUGGAAUCAACAUUGAAACAAUUGGACUGCAUGAUUUAAGGAGCAAACUCAAUAUUAUACCACAGGACCCAGUUUUAUUUUCGGGGACGCUUCGAAUGAACCUGGAUCCAUUAGAGAAGCAAUCGGAUGCACAUCUCUGGGAAGCUCUGGAGAUGUGCGACCUCAAGAACUUUGUGCAGUCUCUUCCCAAGAAGCUGUACCAUGAAGUCUCAGAAGGAGGAGAGAACCUUAGUGUCGGACAAAGGCAGCUUAUCUGUCUUGCUCGAGCCUUACUUCGGAAAACCAAGAUACUGGUAUUAGAUGAAGCAACGGCCUCUAUUGACAUGGAGACGGAUAACAUAGUUCAGAGCACAAUUCGCAAGGUGUUCGUUGACUGUACAGUUCUGACGAUAGCUCACAGGCUUCAUACUGUCCUCGACUCUGAAAGGGUGCUUGUUCUCGAUGGUGGCAGAGUUGUAGAGUUUGAUGAGCCCCAACGACUGAUCCAGAAGAAAGGAGUCUUCUCUAGGAUGGUGUCAGAAGCCGGGAUACUCCAGAAGACAGAAUAAUCAAUGAGAUCCAGCUCACGUCACACUACUGUAUUCUGUAUCAGGACUCGUUAAUGCAUUGCUCACCAAUAUCACAGUAGUGCCAGAUUUCUGACUGAUAAGUUGGGCGUUCUCUGACCGGCAAGGAGAUCCCCGCUCUAUGGCUGUGUGUUCUGAGAUGACCACGGUACUUAUUAGGCAUAUGUCAUCCCCCAAGCAAUUCAGGACAUCAUCAUCAUUCUCCUGAGUUAUGCUUUAAAGUCUGUCCAGUUCCCUAUAACCUAAUCACAGGGGGGAUGAUCAAUGUAGCAAUUAGUGCACUUAUCUUUUUUAGAAAACACAAUACAAAAGGCUACCUCGAGAUUAUUAUGUUUAACAUAUUUUGAUUAAUAGAAACCAAAACGUUUAGAUUUUCUAUACAUUCCGACUACUGUUUUAUAAAAGAUAUUUUAGCCCAUUUAAAUGUCCAGAACACGCGUGUUGUUUUGAGCAUGCUAUGCAGUAAACUUACAAUGAAAGUUCUGGUCUUGUCUUUCUGUGGCCAUAGAACGGAGCAGAAAUCAUAGAGCCAUAAUCUUGUCAGGGGCUAAUCUAUCGCCAGUCCAGGCAGGCCGAUUUGCCACUGUGGCUGCCCCUGUAGUGCCCUCCUCCUCGGUUAUCCGGUCUUUAGGUCGACAGCAUUUGGUCGACCACUAUGGUCACUAGGUUGAUAUGGCAAAGGUCGACACACGAAAAGCUCGACAUGAGUUUAUCACACUUUUUAAAAAUUUUUAAAACUUUUUCAUACUUUACAAUCCACGUGGACUACGAUUGGGAAUAGUAACCUGCCUGAAGCAUGGCUAGCGUAGCGAGCCAUGCAAGGGCAUACGGUGCACUAAUUGUAGUUCACGGUCACCUUGCUAAGAAAACGACACACAACCCCCCCAAAAAAAAUUAAUUUCGUCCUUUUCCCAGUCGACCUAAUGACCGUGUCGACCUAGUCACUGUCUACCAAUAGUGGUCAAGCUAGUUACUGUUAACCCUAUGAGCCACACCUACUCCUCGGACUACGCCAUCUUUCCAGUGAUAUGUUUGGAAAGAUGCCUCUACACAGCAGCAGAAACCGCUGACACUGUGCUGAAAUAUUGUGUUCUCUUCUGCGCAUACACUAUCUGAAUACAUCCACGGAAAGAUGGUGGCGCCAGGAGUAAAACGUCCCUGAUCCUGCAGUUUUAUUUGCAUUAAUGUUGGUUGACAAUUUAAUUUAUUUGCUAAUUUUUUUUUCCUAUUUAAUCUACACUUUCUUGGUGGCAGCUUUAACAAACGUUUCAUGUCAUUGUAUAAUACUAUUUGCAUAAUGAUCCUCAAUGUACAGCAUUCUGUAUUAUGGUGGUGUUUUAUAAAUAAUGGUUAAUAAUCAUCUUCUGUCUCAUGACAGUGGCUCUAGUCGUAGAAAAGGAGAAACGUGUUAAAAAAAAAUAUCCCUUGCACAAACACUAUGAGAAACAGAUAGAUAUGUUAUAUUAACCUAGUCAGCGUUUUCCAACCUAGGGGUAGAGUUAUUAAAGCUUCUAAAACCGAGAAGUGGUAAUGUUGCUCAUAACCAAUCACAUUCUGUCUUUCAUUUUCUAGAAUGCAAUAAAUGAAAGCUAAAAUCUGAUUGGCUGCUUUGCGCAACACUAAUGGUGCCCAUACACUAGGGCGAUAUCGGGUUCAAUAAUGCGAUUGCGACCGCAUCACUGCGAUAUAUCGCAUGUCAAUUGCAUGUGUCCGCCGAUGCGAUGGCACACUGGUCGAAUCUCGCAUCUCACGAUAUUAUGUGCUGCACUUAAUAUUUAUCGCAUCACAUGUAUAAUCGCAUGUGGUUUUUAAGCACAUGCGAUCGGAGUUGUUUUGAGCUCACUUCCUGGACACUCCCCUCCACCCAGGUCGCAGGGAGCAUGAUCGUAUGCACAUCGAAUGCAAAAAAAAAAAAAAAAAAAAAGCACUUCAGGUGCGAUUUAUCGCAACCUUGCCUGCCAGGGAAAUCGCAGUGCAAUAUCGCAUCGUGGCCAAUCACACAAGUGUAUGGGCACCAUAACGCUUGUCUGUUUUAGAGUGAUUAUAUCACUUACUUUUUAGCUGCAAUGUUUUGUCCACAAUGCCUAAAGUAUACUAUACUGAGGUCUUUCCCCUGCCCCUUUCUACUUCAUUGUGUACCAGACAGUAUAGGGCCCCAUACACUUAUACGACAUGACGGGCAAAAUCGGCCUAGUGUAUGGGGCCCUUAACUUCUCUAGAAAAAAAAUCUCAAACUUGUAUUUUCUAUUAUUUUAUAGUAGGUUACAUAAUUAAAUGGCAUUUUUUAAAAUGACAAUUUAAGAUAAAAAUAGUACUAACUCAUUAAUUGAUACUAUUGUAAAACGAUCAGGAGACCCCACCCUGCCAGUUCAUGGAUACACAAAUCCGUUUUUGAUGUUUUUAAAUGUUUUACAGACGACAGAAGACUGCUCCUCUAUCUGAGCAGUGUAACAUAAGGACAGCAGCAAAUGUCUUUCUUCUCUACUGUAACUGGCAGGUGCCAAAUUCACUAUACAAUAACAGGAGGAGUACUGGUGCCCCCUAUUCCUGAACAAGUGUGCAUGCUGCCAGGUCUGUAGGGCAGACUCUUAGCUGCAAGAUAAAUUGCUGUCACUGGCUGUCCCGGAAAUAUACCUACUGCACAAUCUCUGUGCACACCCAGGGGGUGCUUCAGUAAGGUUUGCAUAAGCGAUCCUUACUGCAUUUCCCCAAAGUUAGGUUCCUGAGCACGUGUAGAACGGGUCCUACAAUUGCUGCGCAGGUAUGUGAAUCCCUCUGCCUGAUUGACAGAAACGCAGUUACCUACUGUGUCAGCAAGGCUGAUUAAGCUGACGAACAAAAAUGCAAUCUCAUCACAAAUGAGGGGAGGAGGUGGUAUGCACAUCUUCCUGCAUAUGCAUUGCUAAGGACUGCAAAUGCAAAGCUGCUGCGAGCAGCUUUGCAUUUGCAAUCCUUAAUGAAUCAGGCCCACUGAUCCUACCAAUCUUGCAAUACAUUUGCCUUUCACUCAAUGCUAAGGAGAGCUGUACUUUACCACUACAGUCUGACGUUUCUGACAUACGGAGAGAUUCAAAUCAACACCACGGCAGCGAUGUUAUUUUGGAACUGCACACUGCAGCCCUGCAAACACAUGGCAAGUUCUGCGGAUAAAUAGAGGUGUGCAGGAGAAAAAGAAACUGGCUGACGGGUGCAGCCGAGCAUUGCGGCAAUCUUAGGCAGCGCUUUGCCAGUAACUGAAUUCCCCCAUAGAGUUCAAGUCCCUUUCUAUGCUGAGGAUGGAUUGAUUGCGAAUGUCUGCUAUAGCACUAUAUAAUGAUGCAGAAUUAUCAGUUGUUGUAACUUCAUUUCAGGGACCAAACGUGCUUUAAACGGCAUAAUAUAAAAUACACGUACUGUACAUUAUAUAUAGUGGAUGGAUGUAUUCUUAUAUAGAAUAUAUAUAUAUAUAUAUAUAUAUAUAUAUACACACACAUGUACAAAAGGAGUCAUCUGUAUAUGAAAGUUAUUGUAUACUGAAAGGUACUGUAUGACUUUUAGACAAUUGUUUGACAUUUUACUUUAAUGUUAAUAACACGAGAUUACGAGUCAAUUUCAAUGUACUGUACAGAGUGAGGCGUAUUAAACCUUCUCAAGAGGACAAGGGGAGAUGGCUAUCCAACCAAUCAGCUUCUACCAAUCAUUUAAUUGUCCUCUUUAGAAAGUUUGACAUCUCCCCAAUGUCUUGUAUAGUGUCCCCCACUCUUGUUGUCAGUCUCAGGAAUUAGUUGCUGUCAGUUGCUGCAAACAGCAUCCAAUAAAUGUAAAUAUGUUUUCUACAUCAA